AUGGCAGGCGGGAAUGCGCUAAUACCGUUAAAAUACAUGGCCGAGAAUCCUGGCCAGCUGGUGCGGACUGUCCCAUGCGGAAUGUAUCACAACGAGAGCCACAAGUUUCGUUCCAGAUUGGGUCUCGAAUUUGCAUCUCCGAUAGAAAUUUCCGAUAAUAUCGCUGCGUUGUACAAGGCUGGGCAGCAGAACGAAGCCAUCCCGAGCCUAAGGAAGCUUGUCGGAGUAGCCUUGCAUAACAUGACGCUUUCGCAUUCUAACAAUGGUUUUGACAAGAUUGUCGACAUAAUGGAAUCGCUCUAUGGAGGCUCUAACGCCCGCCUCCACCAGAAAUCGCAGCGAAAUAAAGAAUUAUGGCGCUUGUACCUGCAGUUCGAGUCUGACCCCAACUUUCAACGUAUACUCUAUAGAAUGUAUCAAUAUCAGCGGCGAAUAAAUCUCCUCGGUGUUGAGAGUGAAGACAUCGGAGGUGCGAGCAAAUCAUAUAUCCUCCUUCUUCUUCUUGGACUUCGAUUUCUUGAAUUAGCUCUUGCGGCUGUCCUUCGCUUACCUGGACUAAUCCUGUUUGGCCCUUUGCCAUAUCUUUGCAACAAUCUGGCCCAGCGCUAUGCCGAGCGCCUCUUGAAGAACUCAGCGUUUAAGCUCACAGGGAGAGAUGUCCUUGCUUCGGCCAAGAUGUUGAAUGCGCUUAAAUUCACGACUCUGCUAUACAUCGCCUCUGAGACGGCCAUGUUUGCUUGGCUCCACUGGAAUUACUUAGGGCAGAGCCUCGUGAGAGUGAUUCCCGCCCCCUUUGCCGUGGUUCUCGGACUCACUCUGAUCUCUUUCAUUCGCGUUGUUUCGAUUUGGGCUUGGGAUCGAACAGUGGACGUACUGCGUUCCAUACUCGUUUUACUUAUUUUAGCAGAUCCUCGAAAGGCGUGUAUGCGAGAGAGCCUUGAAGGGGAGAAGAGAGAGCUUGAAGUUCACAUGUGGCAAUAUAUUGUAAGCGACACUUAGACUUAAACCGCCAAGUAAUUUUGAACAGUCUUUCUGUUGGUUCAAUUUAGAUGUUUAGCUUUAGCAACCAAAUUCAAUUACGAUGACUCA